CAUCGAGCUGCUUCAUAAAGAUGAAAAUUUGCUGAAAAACAGGGGAGAGCAGGACCCUGGUAAGACGCUGGACGAGUUUGGGGAAGCGGCCCAGCGGGGGAAAAACCUUCAUACGUCAUUACCACUGUCAUUGCGAUGAAUGGGAAGUGGGAAUUGUAACUUUACCAAGGAAUGUUUAGGUGUAGAAAAGCUCUAGAAUAGUUUACAACGAAAUCGAAGUGCCUGUAUUUCGGAUAUUCGGUGAUAAUGGCGAUGUCUGAAGCGCAUCGCGAAUUUUUAAGAAAAAACAGGGAAUAUAUCAAAAGAAAUCUUGAGGUUGAUGCUGUUUGGCCACAAAUGACGGACGUUCUGGAUCGUAACUGCGAAGACAAAAUUCGAGCAGAAUCCACCCCUGAAGCUCGUACUUUGGAACUUCUUAAUUUGCUGCAUCGGCGAGGAGAUGAAGCAUUUAUAUCCUUUAUUAGAGCGACACUUAAAGUUCAAAGAUGGGUUGGGGAAUACUUGGCUGACUUAGCCGGACUUAAUGUGAACCAUAUACUUCCUAGUGCUACGCAAAGAGAAACUGAAGAGCCUGGAAUGAAAGAGGUCCAUCGUCAAAUUCUUGUGAGCCAUUUGUCCACGUUUAAGCAAUCACUUAAUGUCUCUCAAAUGGUUGAAAGUUUAUCCAACAAUGUGGCGAUCACAAGCAGAAAUCCUGGUGUCAACAUCAGAGCUGUGUUGCAAGAACUAUCUUUGGACAAAAAAGUGGAAAAGCUUAUAUGUGAUGUGCUUCCGCGUAUAGGGCCUGAUGCAUUCCAAUGUUUUUUCAAAACCUUGGAUAUAAAUCAGCCGCAACUUGCCCAUGAUUUGAGGCAGUCAAUAAAAGCUACUCAUUCUGGCGAACUAAUUGAUGAGAGACAAUUCUAUCAGGAGUCAACAAAUGCUCAUCUGACUGGUCAGACCACAGCCCAGUUUAAUCUUGAAACGACCUGUUCAGAUCUACCUGACCAUGUUCAAAGAAAGUUAGAAGAACGCUUAAACAAAGGCAAUGAGUUAUUAGAGAAUGACUGGAGAAGCCUGUACAAAGCAGUGAAUUUGCCACAAGGUAAAGAAAACAUCAUUGCUGAGAAAUUCUCUGGUAACCCCACGAUAUGUGUUGGACACUUGGUUUGAUAGAGACGGACAACAUGCCAAUGUAAGAGCACUGCUCCUAGCAUUGAAAAAGUGUAAGCAAGGAGGUUUAGCUCAUGAGA